AAGACUAGGAAUUGAUUAAAAGAGUCUGGAAGAAACCAGUUGAGUGAAGAUCGAAGGGAAGAGAGUGAGAUGGAGGGACGGAAUUGCGGUAAAACUGCUAAAGAUGGAAGUCACAGAGGAGAAUGCAGCGGACAAAAAAAACUGGAGACUCGUACAUGGCGCUUACCGCUACCUAGGGAAACGGUGGAAGUAGCAGUGUGGUCCCCCCUGAAGCGCGGCGGCAAGUGACAAGUCAGGUUUUCUUUGCCUGGAUGUAAACAAGAGUCCCGCGUAGGUUACACCGCUGUCCGAAGGAACUUCACUGAAAAUGGAUCAACUUGAAGAUUUUCACAAGUUGGUCCAUCUUGACCUGAAGGGAGCUCCUCCUAGAAUGAGUUACUAUGAGCAGAUCUUUCCCGUCAUCUCAUCAUUUGGUGCCACCGGCUUGUUGGUGGAGUAUGAGGACAUGUUUCCAUAUCAUGACAAGUUGGCUCACUUGAAGGCACCUCAUGCCUACACACAGGAAGAUAUUCUAAAACUACAUGAGCUUGCAGCAAAAAGCAAUCUCACUGUCAUUCCUUUAAUGCAAACCUUUGGCCACUUUGAGUUUGUGCUGAAACAUGAUGAGAACCGAGCAGUUCGGGAGGUAGAGGGCUACCCCAACACCUUGUGCCCAACCCACCCUGACUCCUUCCCAUUAGUGACUGAGCUGCUCACACAGAUAAUGAACCUGCAUUUCACAGACAAAUAUCUUCAUAUUGGUGCUGAUGAGGUGUGGCAUAUAGGGAAGUGUCCAAGAUGUCAGGUUGAGAUGGAGUCAAAGGGAAUGUCAACAGAAGACUUAUUUCAAAUGUGGGUAUUUAAGGUGGCACGGUGGUUCAAGAAGGAAUAUCCUCAUGUUACAAUUAUCAUGUGGGAUGACAUGAUAAGAAAUAUUCCUGCUGAGAAAAUCAAAAGCAGUGGCCUUUGUGAUAUUGUGGAACCAAUGGUGUGGCAGUAUCAGGCCAAAACUUUUGACCUGCCUCCAGAUUUGUUUGAGAAGUAUUCAGCAGUAUUUCCAAGUAUAUGGGUUGCCAGUGCCUUCAAGGGUGCCACAGGGAGUACACAGUUUCUGCCUCCCAUUCAGCACCACAUCAAUAAUAACCUGAUGUGGUUAACUGUGUUGUCAGAAAAAAAGCAUACCAAGAAGUUCAAAGGUAUUUGUUUAACUGGAUGGCAAAGAUAUGACCAUUAUGCUGUGCUGUGUGAGUUGCUACCUGUAGCUCUGCCCAGUCUCUGCUUGUGUCUGCGAGUAGUGUCCCAAGCAGCCUUCACUGAGGCAGACCAUGACCUUGUGUCACAGAAACUGGGCUUCCGCCAUCGCAUUAAUGUCCUUCCCUUCCCCAGGCCACAAGUAAUAGAGCAGCAAAUGUCCUUUCCUGGUCACAAAGUCUAUGUUGGAGUGCAGAUGUGGUCAAAUUUUGUGUGUAGAUACCAAGCAAUAAGCAACUCAGAGGGAAUGUUGGGAUGGUUCAGUGACUACCUAAGGUCCAGAAAUUUCACAAACCCUCUCCAGGUGGAAAAUAUUUUAACCCAAAUAGUUGAGGUCCUGGACAACAUCCUGGAACUGAAGACUCACCUUGUGCCAUGGAUGCAGGAGGUGUUCUUUGAAGACACAGUGGAGGAGUGGAUUGGUUCCUUUGUUGAUCCACUUAUAGACAAACUAAAUGAUGUAGUAAAAGAAUGUAAGAAACAAAUUCUAAUUGGUGGACGAGUCAGAGACUACAAGAAAGCUCAGAUGAGAUGAAAAGUUAAAAAGAAAAAAAUCCAAUGAGGAAUUUAAAUCAAUGAAUGAUCCCUACUGAGACACAUUUGUGUCUUACUUUAUUAAUCACACCAUUGUGUGAGCAAGUCAAAAUCAGGAAUUUGAAUUCAGUUUUUAGAAUUCUCCAAGAUUAAGUAGAGUUAAAUUUUUGAUAAUAGGUCAGCACAAAUAAGUGAAGGAAAAGUAAUUUUACUUGAACUUUUUGCAUAAAUUGCUUCAUAGUUCAUGUAUCCCGCCUUGUGUUUGAUGUGGAUGUUUCCUCUAAAUGUUACCUCUAAGAAAAUUUUAAACUUUGUUAGUACUUUCCUCUCAAGUGGGAGGAUUCUUUGUUCUGCAUUUUCUUUUCUUUGGCAAAGGGAGACCACAGCAUACUUAAUGCCUCCAAGGACCCAGUACAUCUCCAUAUCAUAAAGGUGAGCAUCAAAGUUAUUCCUGGUAUGAAAGAUCUAUCAUCAGUUUAUUCCUAGUAUGUAAGAAUCUGCCCAAAAUGCAAUUUUUCUAUGAGGCUGUGUUAUUUAUUGUAAGAGCAUUAGCAGGAAGUUUAAUUGUAACAAAUUUUAAUUGGAAGUACUUUAUUGUUUUUAAGUAACAAACUUUUUCAUAUCUCCAACAAAGUGUUGAAACAUCAGGAUUGGGUUCAGAAGUAGACACAAUGUGAAAAUGUUUAUUUAACUGGAGUUCAUGUUUGUUUCCAUAAUAUGAAAUCUCACCCUUCUGUGGUUUUCAGAGGUUGUUACAUUGUUUUUCGAAAAUCUCAAUGUAACAAACUGAUGGAUUGGUAUCAUACUUUGACAUAGCUUAUUUCAUACACCACCAAUUUUUGUCACCAUAAUCAAGUUACAAAAGUGGAUAAUAAAGGCACUUGCCAU